CUUCCCCUGACCCCUCCUCAUCAACAUAUAUAAAAGCUAGCAAGCAAGUCUUUGUACAGGAAUACAUUAUCGGUCAUCCCUUCGUAGACGCUUACAUUAUUUUUUAUAUCCGACUGAACAAGUGACAUCAUCAUGGUUGCCGGCGGUGAGUUUCAGGCUGUGCGAACACACGGUGGCAGAUACGUUAAGCAUAAUAUCUACGGCCAGCUGUUCGAAAUCACUACAAAGUACAUCUCUCCCAUUACCCCUAUUGGCCGCGGCGCUUACGGAAUUGUCUGUUCGGUGUUGAAUGCGGAAACAAAGGAAAAAGUUGCAAUUAAGAAGAUUGCUGAUGCUUUCGACAACUACAUGGAUGCUAAACGAACUCUCCGCGAGAUUAAGCUUCUUCGCCAUUUAGAUCACGAAAAUGUAAUAGCUCUAAGAGAUGUCAUUCCUCCACCAUUAAGAAGGGAAUUCAAUGAUGUCUAUAUUGCCAUGGAGCUUAUGGAGACAGAUCUUCACCAGAUAAUCCGAUCCAAUCAAAGUUUAUCGGAAGAGCAUUGUCAGUAUUUCUUGUAUCAGAUCCUUCGCGGGCUAAAGUACAUACAUUCAGCAAAUGUUAUUCAUCGAGACUUGAAGCCAAGCAACCUCUUGCUAAAUUCAAAUUGUGAUCUUAAGAUAUGUGACUUUGGUCUUGCCCGGACGAACUUUGAUAACGAAUUCAUGACUGAGUAUGUUGUUACCAGAUGGUACCGGGCACCUGAGCUUCUUUUGAACACUUCAGAUUACACUGCUGCUAUUGAUGUGUGGUCUGUUGGUUGCAUCUUCAUGGAGAUGAUCAACAGACAACCAUUGUUUCAAGGGAAAGAUCACGUCAAUCAAAUGAACUUAAUUGUUGGGCUUCUCGGAACUCCUUGUGAUUCUGAUCUUGGAUAUUUUCGGAACGAAAAUUCAAGAAGGUGCAUCAGGCAACUUCCCCGUCAUCCACCCCAGAAGCUAGCAAAAGUUUUUCCACAUAUGAACCCUUUAGCCAUUGAUAUUGUGGAAAAAAUGCUGACAUUUAACCCCUCCAAAAGAAUAUCAGUUGAGGAAGCAUUAGCCCAUCCCUACCUUUCGCAGUUCCAUGACGUGUCGGAUGAACCGUACUGCCCGGUUCCGUUUACGGAUUUUGAGCAAGAAGCAUGCGGAGAAGAGCAGAUCAAAGACAUGAUUUAUCAGGAAGCAUUGGCAAUGAAUCCAGAAUAUGCAUAAGUUCAUACGAAGGCUAUGGCUCUGAACAUCUCUUUUCUGGCCUCCAACCACCGCUCAUCCACGAAGAGCAGUAGUUAUGUGUCAUGAUCUUGUGACCCAAUUUUUUUAUAUUCUUUUAUAUAUUGGUGCUGUGUUAUUUAACUUAUAACCAGUUUAACCAUUAAAUGUGUUCCUAGAUUUUAGUAGUGCUUUUUGGAGUGGCCAUACCGAAUGUACUCCGUAGUCAAGUUCGACGGCUUGACAGAAUUGCUGGAACUUACUGUACUCCGUUCUUAAAUAAAUGUAACGGUCAACAUUUCACACUUGCCG